ACCCCUUACAGCUUUAUUUUAUUGUAAUUUAUACAAUAAUUUAUAUAGUGCUUCUAGCGUUAGUUGUAUUUGAACUGAACUAGCUACCUAGCACAAAUGACAUUGAAGUUGAAGUUGAAAAAGAAACAUACAGUACUUUAAAGCUAAUUGAAGGAAGAUAAUUUUUGUAGUUAGUACCCCAAAAACUAACAGAACAUUGGAAGGGGUGGAUGUUACAGGCGCUUGCUUUUUGCUUCUCACUGCAGCAGUGUGUACAUCAAAAAACGCAUCGGCUGAGCUCAGGUGGCCUAAGGCCGCCUCUGAAUUCACAUUUACUGUUGACUACUGAAAUGACUUUUUAGAGAUAUUAUAGAACUAUUGGCCAGUAGCAUGGUUAUAUCUAUUGCAGUCAGAACCAGCCUAAAAAAAACAAAAACCCCUCUCUUAAUCUUAAAUUGUUUACAUACGCGGCAGUUAAUAAUAUAUAAACACAGGGAUAAAUGCCAAUGAAGAGUUGGAAAUGCAUGAACCAGCGCAGUUUUUCCCUCCAGCAGUUGUACUGAAACUUUGUAUACAGAAAACAGAAGCAGCGAACUCAACGUCCCUUCGAUAGCUCAGCUGGUAGAGCGGAGGACUGUAGAGGCGCUGCUCCACACGGAGAUCCUUAGGUCGCUGGUUCGAUUCCGGCUCGAAGGAGACCUUGCUUUUUUUUUUCUUCCUUCUCUCACAGGUAUAAAAUCUCUUCGCAGUGUUGCUAUUCAUUCCUUUUCUUAAUGCCGUGUUUGUUUUUUUAAAAGGCAAUUGUAUUAUCGUUAAUACAGAUUUUUCUCUCCCGAGAAAGGCGAAUUCACGAGUGCCCAGUCUUGUAUACCGUACGGCGUAAGAGGAACGGAUUCUCGCUACUUUUUACGUGGGGGAAAAGGAAAGCGGCACAACAGGCUGACUUCGUACAUAUCCCAGAGGGUAUUUUGCCCGUUCCUGAGUUGCCUUUGGCUACUGCCCUUGAAAACGGGCCGUUUUCGUUCCGGUUGUUUUGUCCCCUCACAAGCCCUGCGAGGCGAAAGGACUCCCUCCCCCAGCAUGCCUUGCGCCUUAACCCGCCCUCGGCCCCUCCUCCGGCUCCUUUCCAUAUCCCGCCACCUCUCUCCCCUUACUGGCCGUUCCCCCUCCUCCCUCGCACCAGCCCCGCUGCUUGGUCGCGUGCUUUCUGGAGCAGCCAAUGGCGUAGCAGUCCGCGUGCGCAGAUUCAAACGGCGGCUCUGGAAAGAGGCUGGGCGCGAGAUUCGGCGGCAGGGACAAAAAAAAAGAAGAAAAAGGAGCCAGCGAGGGUGGAGGCGGCGGCGGCGGCGCCUGGGGGAAAGCAGCCCUGCCGGAGGAGCUCCGAGCCGUGACAGCCGAGCGAGGCCCCAGGCGGGGGACUUGGAGCCCGGCUUCCCAUCCCUUUCGCUGGGCGUAAGGCCACGUCCCCCAUGCGGGGGGCGAGGCGCGGCCGGGGCUGAAAGGCAGCCGCGCCCCCCUCCCCGCCCCCUGGGGGCUGCGCGCCUUGGCCGGUGGUGACAGCCGCGCUCCCUUCUUCUCGCCUUCCUUAUGGUGCGCGCCAAGGAUGGCGAAGAGGCCACGCAGGUGAGUGGCCCCCGCAGACCCUCCCGAUCGCCCCCUCCCCGAGGCAUCUCCAGCGCCCUGCCUGCUGUCCUUUGGGGAACCGGAGCCCUGCCUAUCCGCUGGAACAGGGGGCUCCUGACAGCCCUCCGGCCGUCUCCACAGAUCCCCUCGCCUCAGGAGAUCCUCGCUGCCGUUUCCACGUGCCCUGACCAUCGGAUCCUUUGGUCCAUUCACUCUUGCGCCCCAGCGCCUCGACCUGAGUGCAUCUUGCCAAUGCCAAUUAAGGUGCCCCCCCCCCCGACAUCAUUAAUAUUUUUCACAGAGCACAAGGGGACGCAGAAUCUUGCGUAUUCAGUGGUAAUCUUUUCACUUGAUUCUCGGGUAUUCAGUAGUAAUCUUUUCACUUGGUUCUCCCCAGCUACAGCACUAUUCCAACACUCGGAUUUAUUCCCCUUUGGAAAUUUAUAUUGCCCUCUGGGCUCCACCCUAUUUUCUUUGUUUUUGUGUUUUGGCAUCGAGUCACAUAACAGUGACAAAAGAGCCUUUCAUAUUGGUAAUUCAUGUCCUCUUAUCCUGGUAUUUCCCUCUGUUGCCCAUUUACUGUAGUGUCGAUAUAGUGGUUUCUUCUUUUUUUUAUCCUUCCUCUGUAUGAGAAUAGUAGAUUGUACAGCUGUUACUAAAUAAGACAUGGCACUGUGUUUUCUUCCUUGGGAAGGCAAGGUAGAAAGCUAAUUGUUGUUUGGGGGGGGACUGCAACGGGGAGGAAAGCAGUGUCCAUGUUGACCUUAAGGACUUGACAAGAGAGAGUGUUGCCAGCAUAUAAAGACAUGUACAGUGUGUUUUAUUCUCGUACAAACUUUUUUUUUCAUAUUUCUAGAACAAAUCACUCCGAAAUUUACACCCUGUGUGAUCAUAGAAUUAACAUACAGAUCUCAAAACAAGAAUGUGUAAGAAUUUCAUUCUGGUGUAGAUAGUUUAUGUACAGUAUCAAACUAGGUAUCCAGGUUAGAUGAAGAACUAUUGUGGAAUUACUUAUCUAUCAGAUUAAAGUUAACAGUGGGUCUAACAAAUGCAGUUUGGGUAGUGUGCUAAUGGCUUUGACAUUCAUAAAACUGCCUUUUUACUUCCACUAGAAUAUUAAAAAUGAUUGAAACUGGAUUUUUUUUUUUAGUUUAGUUUGAAUUGGCAGUCUGUUACUUUUCUCUCAUGUGUUCACAUGCACACACUUGUGGGCUCAAUUUUAAUUCUAUGUUUAUUAGUUUUAUUUGCAACUCUAGAAAUGCUAGCCAGCUAUCUUAUGCCCAAUUAUUUGGAAGUAAGCCACUUUUGAAAUCAGUGGUACUUAUGUCCAAGUAAAAAUGGACAGACUAAGUCUAAUGUGGAUGACUUUUUGAAUGUGAACAUGGCUUAAAAUGGGAUAUCAUGGCCUGGUUCAAAUGUAGUGUUAAGCAGUAUUUCUUGUUCUUUGUUUUGUCAAAACUUUUAUUUUUUUAGCAGAAAAACAAGACAAAUGAAGCAUCAAGAACUGCCCAACUGCUAUCCUAAACAUCUGAAUCGUCUCCUAGCUUUCAAUAUAUAUAACAUAAGAUUCAUUACUGUAUGUGCAAGGCUCAACCCUGCCAUACCCCUUUACAAAGCAGAGCAGUAAUGUUCUUUCUAAGGUUUGUUUUUAAUGUUGAAACCAUGGGGUAGCAUUCAACUAAAUAGUUGUGCUUUUGCAGUGAGAUUUCACCCCUUUUCCUCUCCCUAUGUGCACUCCACACUACCCCCAAAUCUGCUCUGGAGGAACACCACCACCAGCAAACAUAUUUGAGAGGGCACAUGGGGAGGAGAGGGGGAGAACAUUGUGUUGUGCAAGGAAAAAUUAUUUUGUGUUGAUGGAACAUUUUGUUUAGCGCUCUGUUGAAUACAACCCACUGUUUAGAACUUGUUUGCAAAUCAUAUUCUGUGUUUAACUUGGAAAUACUGUGAAUGAGAAUACUGAAUGAGAAUGGGAAUACUGUCAAUGAAGAAAGAGAAUUUAAAAUAGUGUGACUGCUUUCUACAGUAAAGAAAGAAAUACUAGCUGAGCUAAGUUCCCUGAAGAAUUACAUCUUGAGAGAAGUCAGUUGAUGUGGGCAUCUCAUGUACAUGCUCAUCAUAUACACAUAGGAAACUAAGCAUAUCUCAUAAGGGCCUCAGAAAAAGAAGACUGUUGUGUAUGAGGAAUGUAUGCAUAGUGUGUGUGUGUGUGUGUGUGUGUGUGUGUAUUAUAUUACAGUACAUGGGAACACUGUUCCUAAAAAGUUUACAUGGGAUAACUUAUUUGUCUCACUUGAUUUUAUACAGUGGUUUGUGACUUUGCAUCAUGGCACUAGUACCAGCUUCCUCAAAGUAGUGUUACUGUUUUCUAUACUAGGGAAAUCAGUGCAUUCUUUACAGGGAAGUAUCUUUAGGAAGCAUAGGAUUUCUUCAAUACUAUUUAAGAACAGUUGCUUCACUUCCUCUUGUGUGGAUUCUCUAACAAGUGUCACACCAAGGAAGGCAUCCAGCAAUGUAGAAAACGAAACCCUUUGGUGACUGAGAGUUAUGCUGACAUUCAUGAUUACAUCAUGGGUUAAGCAACCGAUAAACUACAGGUGUUUGUCUCCAUAAACACUCGAAGCCUAAGUUAGAUGAAGGCAGAGGAAAUGUGGAAAGAGUAUGCUUCAGAGAUAGUGUUGCUUUUUAUUAUCCCAAUAUAGUUGUAAGCCCCCUUCUCUCUGUUCCUCAGUGUCUGCUUUUACCCCAAUCCUGUACACAUGCAUGUGUGCACAUAUAUCUGUCUAGACUGGCUUUAAAGUAUCCAGUGCCACCAAACCAGCCAGCUAUCCAGGGACUAUCAUGUACCAGUAGUACACUUGUUGUAUGUAAAUUAAAAAGCAUAGCUCCUUGGUAACCUUACACCUCAUAUGUAUUGGAAAUUUGUAAAAUAUUUAUUUCUGCACAUUUAUUAGAAAGGCUGAAGGGAAGCAGCUGCUGAAACAUGUUUGUCUAAAUAGGGUAUUUACAUAUAUUAAUAUUGUGUCACAAAUAGAUAUUGUAAAGGGGAUGGAGGUGAGAAGCCACUGGGUUUUUUCCUGUUCUUUAAUUGUUAUACCCUCUUUUUGGAAGGAAAGAAGUGUGAUACAAAUAUGGACAAUUUUUUGGAUGUAAACACCCAAUAGUUUUGAAAUUAGCUUUUUGUGUCCAGUAGAUGGCGCACAGACAUCAAGGAGGUACAAGGGUGAUGACAAACUUCUUCCUAUUUCUUUUAUUUCAUCCUGAGUUCCCAGCUUAAUGCUAUUUGCUACACAACAUUCUUGAAUAGAAAUAAAUUUAACAGAAAAAUGCAUGGUGUGUUUCCCUAUACACAGGGCCACCUUUAAUGCAAUCUGGACACUUGUUAGUUAUGUUUGUGGUUUUCCAAUAAAAAUUUAACAAGUUCUUAUGUAGUCACCCUUCUUCAACAAGACAGACCUUAUAUAAAACAAAUGUUACUAAGUUGAGAAACCCAGGACAUUAAUCUCAGGACCGUAUUGGAUCCUGCCUAAAUAGAAUAUUUGAAUCUUUUGCUUGGAUGCCCUACAUCUUUUUCUUAACUGAAAGCAGUGCAGGGGCUGUCAAUGGGAAAACAAUGAAGGAAAACUGUCCUUCCCUCAUGCUACUGUUCCACAAUUGGAAUUGGGCCUUCUGUUGAUGAUUUGUUAUUUUUUUAAAAAAUAUUUCUCGAGCUGUUGUGUAAGCAUGGUUUCACUGUCAAUGUUAACUUAAUAUUAGCUUGCACUUUGCAGUGAGGAAGAUGAUGAUGACCUUCACUAUGCAGAUCAUGACUAUGAAGUACCACAACAAAAAGGAACGAAGAAGAUAUGUAACAGAGUAAAAUGGACGCGUGAUGAGGUGAGCCUUAACCAGGUAAUGGCUUUUCUUUAUGUUUAGAUCUAAUGUCAUGUGCCUAUUUAUAAGUUUUUAAAAACUGUAUUAACAGGAUGAAAAGCUGAAGAAGCUAGUAGAACAGCAUGGUACAAGUGACUGGACAUUUAUUGCUAGUCAUCUACAAGUAAGUAGAAAUUAUUUCAAUGAGAUUUUUCUUAUUUUACAUACAAGAGUUCAAAAGCCAUAUGUGCAUCUCCAUUGCAUGUGCCAAGAUGUCUCCCACACUGAAGUCAACAACAAAGCUCCUAAUGGAAGCUCUGGGUGUAUAGUGGAGCCUUAUGGAGUCUUCAGUUGGACAGUGAUUUUUUUUCAUUCUUCUGCAGAAUCGUUCUGAUUUUCAGUGCCAGCACCGUUGGCAAAAAGUCCUGAAUCCAGAACUUAUUAAAGGCCCCUGGACUAAGGAAGAGGAUCAGAGGGUAAGUGAUCUAUAUUUUUCUUGAUUAUUAAUUAUGUUUCUGAAAGCACAGUAGGAUUGCUCAAGAGUUCACUACCCUGCUUUUACCUUACUGCUUUUACCUUUUGGCUGACUCAGUUGUAGGAUGGGGUUCACAGUCCCAUUGUUGUGCUCUUAAGAGUUUACUUGGAUGAAAACCAAAAUAUAAAUUAGAUUGCUUGAAUAUUUUCCCAAAUUGAUUUCAUUUGCCAUAGGAUAAUGCUAUCAGUUUUUCACAACACUGUCAUGUAUUUAACUGAUGUGUUAAAAUGUAACAAUUGGUUUGUUUUUCUUACAUGUUAAAAGCUUUCUAAUUUCACCCUGUACUUGGCCACACAGUAUGUGGAAAGGAAGAGUGAUAUAUUUCAGACUGUUUUCUAAAAUGCAUUUUCUUUCUCAUUGGUUGGAAGCUGUACAAUUUUUUAUUUAAAAAGUCAGUGACACUGUCUUUUGGAACUUUUGAAAUAUAACUGUUUAUCAUUUUGCUUGACACAAUCUUGUACUACUUCAGUAUUACUAAUUUUUUCAAGUAAAAAUAGCCUAAAAAUGUAAUUAGGAUUCUCUAAUUCUUUAUCAUGAAUAUGGCUAUUGUUUUCUUAUAUAGUAAUCAGUUGCAUACUGUUGCUGUUCAAUUUGUGUUCCAGGUUAUUGAGCUUGUUCAGAAAUAUGGUCCAAAGCGUUGGUCUUUGAUUGCAAAGCACUUAAAAGGAAGAAUAGGGAAGCAAUGUCGAGAACGAUGGCAUAAUCACCUUAAUCCUGAGGUAAAGAAAUCUUCAUGGACUGAGGAGGAGGACAGGAUCAUCUAUGAAGCUCACAAACGCUUGGGAAAUCGAUGGGCUGAAAUUGCGAAGUUGCUUCCCGGAAGGUAAAAUCGCAUGUUAUUUCUAGGUUUCUGAAACCUAUGCCAAAAUAAUUGGCACUGGCCUCCCCCCACUCCCAGUUUAACAUGUUCAAAUAAGUGGUGCUUCAGGUUAAGAACAGUUUCAGGUUAAGAACGGACCUCCGGAACGAAUUAAGUACUUAACCCGAGGUACCACUGUAUCUCGCAGUGGAUUUUGUAGUAUUUGUUGAUUAAGUAAUUACAAAUGUCCUGCUUAUCAAAUAGCAUACCUUUCCUCUUUUGUUCUUUUGUGCUCUGCAAUUUAUCUUGCAUUUUGAGUUAUUUUAAAAUCUGAAUCAAAUAGUUGUUAAUGCUAUAUUCAGAGCAGUUAAAGUAAUACAGAUUUCUUCCUCCAGACGGCUAUGAUUCCAAUAACAAAGAAACUAAUACUUGGGUGGAAUCCAAAGGAGGAAGAGAAACAUUUUUAAAUUCUACUUGUGCAAGUUUCUGUUAGGAAGAAUCCUCUUAGAUCCCCCGUCCCUUUCUAUUAGUAUGAAAAAGAAAUAUUGUACUGUUUUAGAAAUAUUUGAAAUUUCCCUUUUUAAUUUAGAGAAGUACUGAGAGGUAUCUUUCCUUCUUAAGACAUUAUUUCUCUCAUGUUUCUAUCUUGAUAUAGCUAAGCUCUCAGGUCAAUGCAAUAUGUAACUACAUAAUUUCUACAUUUUGGGCACAAUGCAGCCAAAGUUAAAUAGUGUUCAUGGUUUAAUUCAUUUCAAUAAGAGUUAAGAAGGUGAUUAACUCUCAUCCAUUGAAUACAUGAGACUUUAUAUUGCUUUACUUUGGCUGGAUCUGUCCCAUGAUUUAGGACUGACAAUUCUAUCAAAAAUCAUUGGAACUCCACUAUGCGAAGAAAAGUAGAACAAGAAGGAUAUUUACAAGAUGGAAUCAAGACUGAGCGACCUUGUUCGUCAAAACUGCCGCACAAAACUUGUGCAUCUACAGACCAUCUUCAUACCCCAAAUCAGUUUUACAUACCAGUGCAGGCACAUGUAAGUUCUUCAGAACCUUUUGUGUGUGUCGGGAGUUGGAAGCAUAUAUUAAAAUGGAUGGUAAUUUUUUUCUGUCAAGUGUUGCAUUCUCUCCAGUGGUGAGUAGGACCACUGUUUUUAUUUCUCCCAGCAGCCCUUUCUCUUUUCACACCCCCCUCUACACUGCCUCUCCUGCUCUCUCUUCAUUCUUGGUCUUUGAAGAGAUUAGUCUUCUGCAAAGGACUUUAGAAAUUUGACUGAGGGCUAUGGCUAGCCAGGUGAAAAAUAAGGCAAUGCUCCUGUACCUUUCAUAGUUAUGUAAAGUGAGGGAUUUCCCUAGAUGAAGCUGGCAUGACAAGCUAAUCUGCUGAAAUUCCCUCUUUUUCUGGUAUAGAUGUUUUCUGUUUCAUUUUUUUAUUAAAAUGCAUAGUGAUGGAUGAAUACUGAUGGAUAUAAUAAAACUUGGAGUGGUUUGUGUAAGAACCAUCAUAAUAAAUGACACUGAGUAAUGUUUCCAAAAACAGAUGAAGAAUAAUAACAAAACUAUGUAUUACAAAUUGGGCAGGGUACAAAACAGAGGUUGGGGAAGUUAGUUGGAGUCCAGGAAGAGUUGAGUAAAUGUUAGUUCUUAAGAGGUAUUUAAAAGUUAUUACUGUCUUUGCCUCAUGAAUGGCCCAAAGGAGGAUAUUCCUGAGGUGUGUGCUGUUGCUGAGAAGGCCCACUUCUCCUUGUGAAAACUUAGAAAUAUAUUUAUUUCAUAAAAUUUAUAUACUGCUUGAUUGUAGAAAAAAACAUUAAAGCGGUUUACAAAAAAGACGGGCUUGGUUUAUGCCAAGGGAGGCUGUCUGCUACAGUAUAUAUCCUGGUCCCAAGUUGUUUAGGGCUUUAAAUAUCAACAGUGAAACAUUGAAAGCUACUAGGCAGCUAAUUUAGACUGAGACGUGUCAAGAUACUCAGUUCCAUCAAAGAGCAUGUGCACUGCAUCUUGACAACCCUACUAAGGUUGCUCACUCUGUUAAAGCUUAUAUCACAAAAAACUAUUGCUGUUAAAAAAAUUGUUGUUGAGGAAAUAUCUUCAGAAUUUUUAUUUAAAAAUCCAAUGUUUACCGCCUCAAUAAGCCUUUUUUUUAAACUCGGAAAAUGAUCUCUUGUCUCCAAGUGAUACUGUGAUAAAUUAAAAGUGUGAUAAAUGGAUAUUGUGAUGAAAGUGAUACGGUGGAUAAAUUUUCUUUUAUAAUUUAAUAACCUGAGAGUUCCUCAUUUGUCUCAAAUUGAUCAGUUUUUGAAAAGAAGUAUGUGUCAAAUUUAAAAAAAUUGCUGAAAUUGAAAAAUGUGUAUAAAGUGUAUAAAAUCAGUGUAUAAAGAACAGUUCUGAUUUGUUAGAUCCCAGGAUAUCAGUAUGUUUCAACAGAAGGCAACUGCAUUGACCAUGUCACAACUUCUUCAAAUUUCAUUCAGGUAAGUUCUGUCUAUAAUGAUGAAUUUUAAAGCUUUUUAUGAAAAUAUUUGGCAGAUAGGAUGCAAAUGUUUUAGUUUAAGGACUUUAUCACCAGGAUUGUGUUGAGCAGCAGUUCCAUUAAAAUGAAUAAUGGCUUGUAUAUAAUGUGACCUCUAGGAGAGCAUUUUGAGAGGAAUUCUGUGCAGGCGAAAAAUGUGUCUAUAAAAUUAGUUUCAAAGGUUAUAAGGUGUUCCCCCUUUUCUUUGGGGGGGGGGUGCAGAUAGAGAUUGUGUGGCCUACAGUGGCCUGGCUAGCACAUUGUAUUAAAUAAUACUGUAGUUUAAAACAAACUAUUCUGAAUACCAGUUGCUGGAAACCGCUGGAGGAGAGAGUGCUCCUCUGCUCAGGUCCUGCGACUUUGGAAAGUUGCAGCUGGGCAGGAAAACAACAAUCCUUUCCUCCCUAGCUGCAACCCACAAUCACCUCUCCUCCACUGUAAUUAAGCUUCAAAAACCUCUUACUGUAGCCAACAGAGGGCUUCUUUGAAGACUACUUGUAUUGUGAGGAGUUCUUUUGGCAUGGGGUGGCGGAAUAAUCAUCCCCAGUGAGCCUGUGAUCCUUCAGAAUUUCUCCUAUGUUGCAACUAAUCUUGAAAAGCAGUCAGGAGGAACAGUGGGGGUGGAACUUAUGGGCACCAGGAAAGGCCUCUGGGUGCAUGUGAACCUGUGGGCUCUGUGUUGGCAAUCCAUUUUUUUUAAAAAAUGGAACGCUUCACGAACCUGCAUGUCAUCCUUGCACAGGCGCCAUGCUAAUCUUCUCUGUAUCGCUCCAACCCUAGUACAUGUGCUGCCCAAGCGAGCACAGGCAAUCCAUGUUUUAAAUGAGAACUUAUCAAAGUUUAAUUGAGUUUGCAGAAAAUUAUAACAGCAAAUAUGUUGCCAUUCUCAGUAAUGUGCCCUAAACAUAACACUUUGUCCUUUGGUGUUGUCUUUUUCCUUCAAUGUAUGCACCAGCAGCCAUUUGAUGAUGAUCCUGACAAAGAGAAAAAAAUUAAGGAACUUGAGCUGUUACUUAUGUCAGCUGAGAAUGAAAUCAGGAGAAAGAGAGUCUCAUCUGUAAGAACUUUUUGUAUAAAUAUCAUGAUGUCAUGAUGGCUAAUUAUCUUUUACUGUGCAUAUUUUAAACAAAUUAAUGAAUGAGCUUUAUGAUUCUGAUUUGUUUCAUAUGUGUAUUCUGCUUCCCCAUUCUCCUUUGCUUAUACAGGAAUCCUCGAGGGAGUCCUCUUGGUUUUCCCUGUACAACUGGGACAGUGGGACAAGAGGGAGGGGCAGUUGAGAUAGCUUGAAUGACAUGAUGUGCUACUUAGGACAACUAUCUUAGAGUUUUUAGAAGAAAGUUGGUGCUUUCAAUACCUUUCAUUGCUAAAUUAUGGAGGGCAAAGGAAAUGUUGCAGGAAGGUAGCUGCAUGCACAAUAGUAGCUUCUGUGCUAUUUCUGCCAUUGGCUCUUUCUCUGCAUACGGAAUGUGUUUUCCUUAGAAUCCCAGUAUGCUUGAACUAUAGCCUAAAUGCCAAUCAGCGUGGUUUAACAAUCAGACCUUCUUCCCAGGGAACUCUGGGAAUAGUAAUUCUGAGAGGGAAAUUGGAGUCUCCCAACCACUCUCACAACACUAAAAAAGCCAACUACAGCUCCCAGGAUUCUUUGGGUGAAGCAAUGACUGUGUAAAUUGAGGUGAUACUGCUUUAAGUGGAUAGUGCAGGUGGGACCUAGGUUGCCUAAAAGUAAUUUACGUUAGUCAUCUUUCAUGUUUAAUAUCAAUAAAAAGCAACACUUUUUGUAUUCUUAGCAAGCUGGAAAUUUUUCUAACUGGUCUGGAGGCUUCAUCAUGGAAGAUAGUAUGACAAAUGCCCUAAAUGGCCUUGGGGAACAAACAAAUGACUUCUAUAAUCUGGAUGAAACCCAGACUGCAACAGCUCAGCAGAACUCUCCUACCAAAUAUUUGGCUGUGGAGGCAAAUGCGGUUUUGUCAUCUCUACAGACCAUUCCAGAAUUUGCAGAGACACUAGAACUCAUUGAGUCUGUAAGUCUGAAUCAUCUUAUUUCCAACCUUUAAUAAACAGUUAUUUUUUAUAAUAUGCAAAAGAGAAACAAACAAACAAUAUUAACAUUAGCACAAUAUAUAGCAUUUGUUCUAUGUAUUGCAAGUGCUACAUAAUAAUAGUGUUUCACUAUUAGCUGCUUUAUUGGUUUUUGUAAAGAAAAACAAUGCAGAAUUAGGAAUUAACAUUCUGGAAUAAGAUGAGAGAAAAUUAGGAGACUGAAUUCAAACUAAAAAGACAUGCACGUAAGGACUAGAGUUAAAUUUAGUCAUUUCGUGCUAGAAUGACGGUGCAUAGUUAAGCAACUGAUCCCACCAGUCCAAUUCUGUUGAAAUAAAUAAUUCUGUUUAUUCCAAUAAACACAUGGCACAAUGUCUCUUUCUCCCCCUUGUAGGAUCCUGUAGCAUGGAGUGAUGUCACCAGCUUUGACCUCUCUGAUGCGGCUACGUCCCCUGUCAGUCAAGCUCCAGUAAAACUAAUGCGGAUUCAGCACAAUGAUGGGGCCAUGGAGUGCCAGUUUAAUGUAAGUGUUGUACUAGAUGGCAAAAAAUCAAGUGACGACGAAGAGUCAGCAUCUCCAACUACAGCCAAGUUCAGUACUCCUCCAACUAUUUUGCGCAAGAAGAAGAAAACUAGAACUGGACUGUCACCAUCAGUCAAUGAACAGAACGAUGGUUCAUGUAGCAAUGGUUCCAAUUUUGCACUAAAACAAACACCAGUGAAAACACUACCCUUUUCUCCUUCCCAGGUAAAUAAAAUUAAUGUAAUUAAACUUGGUUUUAUUGAAUAGGUUAGGCAGGAUUGUGUACUAAAUCCUAUAAAUCAAGAAAAGAUGAUGUUACACUAUUCAUUCACUUGUAACAAUUGUGUAGUUAAAUAUGCAGCUCUUCCCUGCUCAGCGCAUUGGUUCUGCACUUUUUAACUAUAAGUGACUCAGACCUGUCUUGGGUUGUGUCAUGUCAGGAAUUGAGAUUGGCUCUAGAAAUGGCUUGCAGCUCUUCCAUACAAAUUAGUAUUGUUUCCAGUGUUAUCUGAAUGGCGUAAAUCCAACACAGCUUUAAGCCAACAAUUUUACAGAAAAUCACUGAAAAUAUUGGAAUGAUUACAGUGGUACCUUGGGUUAAGUACUUAAUUCGUUCUGGAGAUCCGUUCUUAACCUGAAACUGUUCUUAACCUGAAGCACCACUUUAGCUAAUGGGGCCUCCUGCUGCUGCUGCGCUGCCGGAACACGGUUUCUGUUCUCAUCCUGAAGCAAAGUUCUUAACCUGAAGUACUAUUUCUAGGUUAGCGGAGUCUGUAACCUGAAGCGUAUGUAACCUGAGGUACCAAUGUACUCCAAAAGUUCAGCAAAAGGUCAAAGUAGAAUGAAAGGUAGUUUUCAUUAGUUGCAAAGACAGCAAUGUGAUCCUCAGAUGAAGGGUGGUAUAGAAAUUUAUUUAUUUAUUUAUUUAAUGAUGUUGUUGAUAUUAACUGAUUGGCUUGUAUCCAGUGAUAGUUCUACACUUGGAAAACAUACCUGGGUACAGCCCAUUGUUCUUCUCUGACCUAAGGGUAGAGAAUCAUUCUUAUGAAAUCUUCAUAAUAGCAUGAUGCUGAAUGAGAAUUUGUCUUGUUACAAGUUGGACAGCUCAUAAUUGUGUGUAUGGGGCAGAGUAAUAAAAGCAAAACUGCUCAAUUUUCAUGGAACAAUUUGUGUUCUUGUUUUAUGUGCAGUUCUUCAACACCUGUUCUGGAAAUGAGCAGUUUAACAUUGAAAAUCCUGCCUUUACAUCAACUCCAAUUUGUGGGCAAAAGGUUCUUAUUACCACACCUUUACAUAAUAAAGAAGUAACACCCAAAGAUCAAAAAGAAAAUGCAGGGUAGGUAUAUGAUUGAUUUUAAAUGGCUUUUAGAUAUGAAUUAAAAACAAAACAACCUAGAUGCGCUGAAGAAUUACUUUGCAAAUACCAUCAAAGGAAAGUGGGGGAGUGGAUUCAAUCCUUAAAAUGACUGAUUUUGACUAUCUAAAUAGUAACACACUGCAUAAAUAACUUUGGUUCUUGGAAAGUUUUAGGACACCUACUAUUAGAAGAUCGCUGCUAGGUACAACACCAAGGACCCCUACUCCAUUUAAGAAUGCUUUAGCUGCUCAAGAAAAAAAAUAUGGUCCUCUGAAAAUUGUGGUAUGUAGAAUUUUGGUUCAUAUUCCUUUUACGUAACUUUUGGUUCACAUUGCCUUGGAUACGCAUACACACAUACACAUAUCAGGACCCAUUUUUUUAAUGUAAUUGAUUUUAAACUGUUUUAAAUAUUAAGUUUUAAAUUGCUGUAACUCCUAAUGGAGGGUGGGUAAGAAAUCACAUCAUUAUUAGAGUGGGACUUCUAUUUAAAUAUAAGACCAUACUAUGAUAGGCCAUGUUACUUUGCUUCAAACCAGUUGUUUCUUUCUUCCUUUGAAAGUUUAAUGGUAAUCCUUUGUACUAGUAGAUAGGUAUAUAGAGAAGCAUGGUUUGAUUGGUUGUUAAUGUCCUCAUCUCUUUCCAUAGUGUUGUGCUGGAUUGCUUCUGGAUAUUCCAUAAAUUAAAUAAGAAUACAGUUGAAUUACUUGUGCAUUGGAAUUAAAUGGUUUUUUUAAAAGUAGUGUACAUACUGGUAGUUCCAUGAUAUUUAGGCGAAAUCAUCUCCUGACUUGCCUUCUGCUUGAUGUAUUUUACCUGUUUGAUUAGUCACAGCCCCUUGCCUAUCUGGAAGAAGAUAUCAGAGAAGUUUUAAAGGAGGAAACUGGAACAGAUAUCUUCUUCAAGGAAGAAGAGGAUUCUUUCUACAAGGGCUGCAAACUAGAGGUAAGUUACAUUACCCUUUUUCAAAGCUCCUUUACAAAGAGGGUGAGGGCACCACCCACCCUUGUUGUUUUUUAUGGGUAUUAUUGGAGGGAGAAAUGAUAGGGAGCAGAGAAGUGUGUAAUUUUGCAUGGGGGCAGGGAGUGUGUAAUUUUGCCCCACUUUAUGUUGCAAGCUUAGGUUGGGGAGAUAGCAGAAGUGAGAGAGCUGUUGCUACCUGUAAAUACAUACUUGUAUUUGGCUUGUUGUCGAUUGUAUUUCUGCAAUUUGGAAUUGCUAUUAGUCAUUAAUUUUAUUUUGGUUUAAUAUUAAUGUUUUAUUUCUGUGCUGUUAUAAAAUGUGGAAUUUUUCACUUUUUAAUCUACUUGUGAUACUUGUAAACUGCUUAGUGAUUUCUGUGAAAUGUGGAGCUGUAUAACAAUUUAAAAAUACAUAGUAUUCUAGCAUUGCAAGGAUUAUGGAAACGAUUGUAGUUGCCUUUCUUUCUUUAAAAUGUUGCUCCUAGAAUCCUUCUGUGAAGAAAGUCAGGAAGUCAUUAGUUUUGGAUCCUUGGGAAAAAGAAGAGCUUGGUGCCCAGUUUUUCACAGAAGACAGUGUUCCAGAUGUACAGGUGAUCAGCAUGAAUUAAAAUAUGCACAUAUUUAAGGUAGAAUGUAAACUAAUUUGUUUCUGUAAGUCAUAGUUAUUUGAAAUCCUCUCUGUUGACAAGUAGCACAACCAAGCAUGACACUGGCUUUAAAAAUUUUACUACCAAAUUUAGAUUUUAAAUGGCAAGAAAAACAGCAGUCUUGUCUCAUUUUGUAAUGGAGCAUUUUUAAUAUUAUUAUUUAUAGGCGGCUUUUAUGCUAGAAAGGUCUUUGUGUUAGAGAUACAAGAACACAUUUAUCUGGAUCCAUAAAAUAUUUCAAGCUAGAAUUAUUGGAAUUAAGAUGAUACAGCCUAUUGAAGUCAUAUUGCCAAAUGCUGGUUAUUUUGAAGUAUGCCACUUUUAUAAGGUUGCUAAACUCUAAAUGAUAGGGAAGAACCUGCUGGGCCUUAUUGUUUGUAUUACAGACAGUGACUGUUUUAGGAAUGUUUGAUACAUAUGUGACCAUGCAUGCACGUAUUGCCCACAAUUUCACUUAAACACGUGAUGCCUUUGAAUGUAAAUGGGGGAGUUGCCUGUAUGUCAGUUUUUUAUUCUUCAAUUAAGUUAUUUGAUUUAAACUUUUUUCUAGUCAGAAAAUAUAUAUACUACAUCCCUCCUGAUGAUUCCAUUAUUGGAAAUACAUGACAAUAGAGGCAGUAGGACUCCAGAGAAACAGGAUUCCAGUUCAACAAAGCUGAAUGUAGCAAUGAAGAAAAAGCAGAAUACUUGCACUUCAAAAAACGUCAAAACAGAAAAAACCUUCCAGGUCUGUAUUCAAUGCAUCUUAAUUUUCUGCUUUAUUUAGUUUAGCUAUAUGUUCUUUGGAAGAUUACUUUUUACAUUCUUUCCUUUCUGUUUGUAUUUAGCAGCUUAGAUAUAAAUAAGGAAUUGAGGGUUCUUGAUGCAGCUUAUUUUCUGCAACAUGCUCACGAUGCAUCCAUUACAACUAAAAUUUCAAUAUUUAUCAAUGCAAAUAUGAUGCAUUGGUAUUGAAAUAUGAUCCAUUGGUAUUGAAAUAUGCAAUGCAAAUAUGAAGGCUUCAUUUUAAGUCCAGUAGUACCCAUGUUGAUUUUAGUGCCGUGUCCUCUUUGUAGACUUGGAACCGUACUGCUGAGGUUUCAGCAUCCCACAUAGUGCAAUAAUAAUGGUGCACUAGAACCACAUUGCAGAAAAACGUGGGCAAGACAGUUAAGAGUAAUUCAGUUGCUAGCUUCCAAACAUGUUAUAUGUAUUACUGUAUGUGUACAUGCAUCUAAUGGGUACAUACCUUCUGGCCUCAGCCUUAGCAUCCGUGUGUUGAAUGAAAUGUCAGGAAGGAGAACCCAUCCUUGGAAAACUGUUCCUCCUGAUGUGUUCCUCAAAACAGGCAGGACUAGAAACCAUUUGGAAGUCCACUCAAAUUUUGAAAGCUGUCAGCAAUAAAGUUGUCUAUUUGCUAGGAGCAUGCAUGCACUCUUUUUGUGAAUAGAAUUUUGAACACACUAUCUGUCUUUAAAUCUAAUCAUCAUAAUCACUUAUCAUGCAUUUCAAGGGCGAAGUCAGUUUACUGGGCACAGUAUCUGCAUACAGAGGUUUCCUAUGGGUUCAGUGGAGCUCUGAUUUCCUCCCACCCCGUAGCGAGAGCUUCUGAAUGAGAGGCCUCUCUGUGCCUUCCAUAUUCACAUCCAGCCCUCCCCUUUGGCUCCGGUGCAUAAGUAAAAUGGAUGCUGGUGUUCAAUACCUACCUUUAUAAGAGUCCUCUGGAGAUGGCAGUUGUACCUCCACCUGGCUGGAGCGCCAAGUGUGCAAAGUGGUUCACACACAUUUUCAGUAAUGUUUGAUUAUAUAGUAUGAAACCUUUUUUGUUUUUGUUUUUGUUUUUAAAUAAUAGAGGAAUCUGUUCAAUGGCACCUUGCGGCUGACAAUUUAAAAACUUUUUAUUUUAAAAUAGCAUAAGCUUUCAUAGGUGACAACCUAUUUCAUGGAACUGCUCAGCAUCUGAAGUGAGUUGUUCCUACAAAGGCUUGUGCCAUUUUGUAAAAAAGAAACUUUUCAAAAAAGCUUGGUGCCAUCAAACAGGUCUUUCUGUAUUUGGAGUAAUGUGUUUAUAUUGAACUGUAAAGUCUGCUGGUGUGAUUAUUCCCACAUUCCAGAUGAGGGGGCUGAGGCUGAGAAUAGGAGCAUUGUCUUAGGGCCACUUAGUGAAACUGAGAAAUGCUGAAUUCUUAUUGUUAAAUGAUACAUUUUAUUUUAAGUUUUGGUUGUAAGGAUACUGUCAUAAAAUGGACUUUCCCUUCUUUGUGCCCCAUACUCUCCCUAUAUCUGCUCCAGAGGGUCCCCCAACCCUAUGGAGCAAAUUUUCGGGGUGGGGGGUGGGGCUGCAGGAGAGAGAAGAGGAAGCUGAAAUUCUGUCAUGCCAGGAGAAGUUACUUUUCCUGUGAGGCAGCCACAAUUGGAUUCCAUAUUUCGCUUAUAAACAAAAAUUUUUGAUGUGACUUGAAAGUAACUGUUACCUGGACCAUGUGUUGCAGGCCAAUUGUGAAUGGGAAGCUGUUGUUUAUGGGAAGACCGAAGAUCAGCUUAUUAUGACUGAACAAGCAAGAAGAUACCUGAGCACCUAUACAGCUACUGGCAGCACUUCAAGGGCUCUGAUCUUGUGAUGGUCGCUAAAUGUACCAAUCUACCUUUUUCCUUUAUACUACAGACUUUAUACUGAGAUUUUUCCCCAGUAAUGUAUGUAUGGAUACUUUUUUGAGUUGAAGCUGCAUUAUAAGGAAGAACUUAAGUCUUUUUUUAAACCUUUUUUAAAAGCAAGUUUAAUUGGUCUUUUAAAAGACCACUCUAAAGAAAAUGGUGAAAGGAAUAUUUUUUUAAGCCGUUUUUAAAAUUCUUUAUACAUUUCUCUUGUUCUUAAGAAGCUUUUAAUGUAGAGUAGGUUUACAGGUACUCAGUGAUCUGUAAAAGAAAAACAUUACACAACUCCUUGAGAAUGCUUUUGCUUAAACGCAUUUGCUUAUGUAGCAAUUUUUAUAAACACAAAAGAAAGACUAAAGGAAGAAUAGAAAGUUGCACUACUAGAACUAGGUAUGCUGCACAAAAUUAACUACAGUGUUAAAUGUAUUUAUUUGAGAAUGGUACUUCUAAUAAGAGUAGACAAAGGGAAGAAUUUAAUUUUUAUUAGGAUAAAGCAUCAGUAUUCAGAAAUCUCAAACUGAGACCAUUGUUGAAUGUAUUAUUGUACAGCAUGUGGGAGCAGGAAGGCUUUUGUAAAUUUGGAAGGGGGUUUGUUUUUUAAUUUAUUUUCAUUUUAAAGCUUAUGGCUGCAAUCUCACCAAGUGCUCACAUAUUCCUGCUGCUUUGCAAAACAACACAAACUCAGGAGGAAGCCAGGACAAACUUGCUGUUGCUUGCAGAGCGGAGAGGAGUAGUAUAACACCCACUUCUCAGAGACAACACCUUUAAGCACUGCUGGCCCUUGCUCCUCCUUUCCAUUGUUGUAACCUCAGCCUUAUGCAGUGUUUUUAUACACAGUCCAUUCUGCUAGUUUUUGAGAUGAACUACAUCCCCUUAUUAUCCUUUCCCCAUAGAAGCAGCAGUCCUGACCAACUCCUCAGUCUUUUCUUGAAUAUGAGUCUAAAGCUAACCUGCCAGUUGAGCCCCAUUCUCCUUCUAGUCUGUGAAGUCUUUGGGACUCUAUGCACUGCCUUAAUUUUGGUAGGACACUUAAGAACUUUCCAGUAUAUAUCAGUCAGGGGCAUUAAGAAGAAGAAGAAAUCAAUGUGUAUUUUAUUUCUUUUAGGAAGCUGCAGUGGGAUUACUCCUGCAGAGCUCUAACAUGGGUAGAUUGAUAGAAGAGCUCUCUUUAGGUCAGAGGAUGUGUGCAGCUUGUGACAGUGAUGAAUCAGUCUCUUAAAAGAUGAUGCUCAUAUUCUCAGUUGCAGGUUGUGCCUUUUGACAGGGAUGAGAGCAUCUUGCUUCUGAUGGUGACUGUUGAUCCUACAAAUAGCCCAGGGAAGGGAAGGAGAGCAAGGCCCCAAUAUCGUAUGAAGUAUCAGAAUUGACUGUGUCAUGAAACAUUGUACCUUGCAGAAGUUAACAAAUGGAAAAUGGGAGAGGAAGCUCAGUUGGGCUGGCCUUUUACAGCAGUUGCUCUGACUUGCUCUCAGUCUCCACAAAUGCAUCAUAUUUUACCUGAGGAGAUAGAUUGGAAUGGUGGUGGUACCUGAGCUGUCUGUUGGCUAAGGGGUGUCUCUCAAGAGAUCCUACUAUUCCUAAUCAAAUCAAAGCAGGAAUAAAAGGAAGUGGCCUGUGGUGUGUCUCAGAAGAAGCACGGUGCAAGGUAUAAACACAUCUCUGUGUGAAAGAGACUUCCUCUUUUCUGUUUUUUUCCUGAGCUGUGUAAACACUGUGAAAGUGGCAAAAGGGAGAAUGAGCAUCCUUUCUGAAGGAUGGUGGUGGAGGAUCAGCUGCUAUGGCAGGAUGCGUGAAGUAUCUGGGUUGCUCUGCGAAUGCCAGCCCCAGAAGUGGGUCUAUGCGGGCACAAAUGAUACAAAGGAUUGCAGCCUCAGUGUGCAGAUAUAUAUAUAUGUAUGCAGGUUGUCUAGAAGCGGAUGUUGUUUUCCUGGUAAAUAGCUCCAGCAAAAAUGAGAAAGAGCGAAUUUUAACCUUGGUGCAUGGAAUAGCAGCAAGAUUGCAUGCUGUGAAAUACAUGAAUUUGCAUUUCAUCUAUUCGAGAUUGCACUAUUCCCUUUUAAAUCAUGUUGGUCUAAUAUAGUAGUUUUAAAGUUCAGCUUAGUUAUACUACAAAUAUUACAGGACCCUGGUUAUUAAAGGGAUACAUUGUGUAGGGACAGAACAAGAGGACAUGCUAUGUCUCACCUUGUAGCCCUAUUUAGGAAUCAACACCAAUGCAUUACAUUACACCUCUAAAAGAAAUAAGAGUCGGCUCAUAUAGUUAUUUUUCUUGACACAAGCAGCCAUGGGCUUUCCUUGACCACAUUUUGUGCUUGCUUAAGUGUGGAGAGAUGUUGCUGUGAACUGGGCUGUAGAUUGGUUAGUUGCAGUGGUUUCUGCAAUUGUGCUUGGGAGAAGUGCCAACACAGUCACAGAAGUUGCUGUUGGCUCUGUCUCUGUACAGCUCAAGUCACCCUCAAAUUUCCCCACCUACCCUGUGUGUGGGCCUGCACAUGACUAAGGAUGAUCUAUGGUUACUUGUGCUUAGGCUGUGAACUCUUUCUAAAACCAUUUAUGCCUGCUCUUGGAUGCCUCAACGACCCCAUUACAAAACUGUUUAAAAUGAAAAUUCAUUUUUCCCUUAAUAUUUGUACAUGCUUCUAAUCUUCACAGGUUACAGCAGUUGCUUCAGUUUACCUGCUUUAGACAUUUGCACUUAUUUAUGUCUGAUUUGAAGGAAUGUCUUAGUUUUGCUUGUUGUAGCUGUUGUUUUUUUAGUUAAUUUCUUGCGAAACAUAAUGGUGUGCUGUCAACCUUAAUACUGACAGGAAAAUAGAAUUGUGUACUGUAGGUGUUAUCUAUUUAUAAAUCUGACACUCUUCCUCUCCACUCCUGGGUGUGCUGCUAUAGAUACUAGCAGAAUCUGCUUGCUGCUAUGAGAGAUGGAAAGAGCGAGCAUCAUAUGCACUGUAUGUAAAAUGACAAAUAGAAUGAUGGCAUGUUCUCAAGCUAAACUGAUAUCAACUGUUGCUGUGCAUGGAGAAACACAAUUACCAGAAAGAAACCUGAUACCACAUAACACCAAGAACUCUAAAAAUGAUAUUCCUUAUUUUAAUAUUGUGUGUGUGUGUGUGGUAUGUAAAGCAAUCUCUGACGUUAGCAUACUUAAAUACAGCUUAAGGCCCCGUAUCAUAGUUAUUUAUUUAUUAUUUUAAAUGGAUAUUUAUAUAUAGGAAUAUUCACCUCGCUGCCUUUAAUAGGCACUCAAGGUUUUUAUCCAGUUUUAAAACUGUUAGCGUUUUUUCUGAUCAGCUCUGUUGAUAAGAGGAUUAUUCUUCCUCUUCAAAAUGUGAGAAGCCAGUUUGGGAUUCCCUUUGGCAUCGUUGGUUUUGGUGUGUUCUCUCUUCGGUAUGUUUCUUUAGAAGAUUCCCCACCUGAAGCACAAAGGAGUUAAGUGGAUGUGAUUAGCAUAGUAAGACUGUAAUUCAGAGAACCAUUCCUACCGUGGCUUUUGACUUUUGCCUUCUUUUUAAUCACAGCCUACCCACCUCAAGGCCAUGUGGCAAGCUACAGUCAUGAUGGCUGUUUUAAGUAGUAUGUGUGUGUUAGCCUCUUGUCCUUCUGGGUAUACACAAGCGCUUAGCUGUAUUUAAAAUGUGUUCUCUGGAUUACAACCAUUAUGCCAAGAUCCAAAGAGUGUGUGCACCAGUGCUGCCUAGAUUUUCCAAUUCUAGCUUUAGUUUCUUGUGCUAUGUUGGAAGAUUCUCUGGAGAGUCCCUGACUUUCUGGAGUAGUUCUUGGGAGGACAAGGCAUAGCAGGGGACUGGUUUGUGGGGGAACAAAGUUCCGCAGUGUACACACAAACACUGCCUGCAGCUCUUUGGGCUGACUCCAUGUCUUCAUCUAUUAUGCUUAAAAGAUUUGCUGCUUUGCAGGAGGUAUGCAAAUUAUUUGUAUUUUUCUUUUUAAAUGGUACCAAAGCCUCCAGUACCAAGGUUUAACAUAGGUCUCUGGUAAGUAGUACAAACUGGAGCUGGUAUUGGUUGAAUCUUUCAUUUAAUUGCUUUCGUGUUGCUUUUAGCAAAAAGAAAUAAAUAAAAGGUUUUGAACCUUUGCCAUGUUAGAUAUAUUUUGAUACUUUUGCAGUCUUAGGUGCAUUUGCAAUUUUUAAAAUAUAUAUAUGUAUAAGUAGAAUACUGUAUACCUGCAGCAGCCAAACAUGCAUGUUGGAAAAUGACAGCAUCUGUUAAUAUUUACGUUUCUAAAGUUUUGACUCUAAUUAUAAGAUGAAUAUCUUUGAAGUUUUGUUGUGUUUUGUUAUUUUACUGCAGAUUUUGUUUCACUUAAAAGAAUCUUGCAUACAAAGCAGGAGACCUUAACACAGAAAUAAAAACAUUUAUGUACAUAUCUACUGGACAUUUACUUCUGGGAAAUAAGUGUAAUCUGUAUUGAUACUUUGUUUGAUUCCUAAAUGUGAAUCAUGCUUUCAUAUAGAAAAUUACCCAAACAUUGGAACAAGUUGCUUUAAGCUUUUUGAUAGUAUGGAGACUUACUGGAAAUUCCAUUUUUUGGCUUGCUCUGGGCUAUGGGGGUUUCUUCUGACAAUGGCAAGAUUGGUAUUGAGUGUGGAGGAAAGGAUCAAGGAAAGCUAGAUUGAGGACGGUGGGAGAAAAAUUGGGCAACAUAUGGGGCAUGUACAGCAACAAACUAAGAUCUCAGUUGACGGAGAGAGGGAUAAGAAAAUGGAAGCCAACAGAUAGUGUUUACUGAUGUCAGUUGGGGAUUUAAAAUGGGUUAACAGAUGGGUGAAGAGAGUUGGUGCGUCUGUAAGAGAGGCGGUGUGGGGAGGAGAAAGAUGUCAGAAGACAGCCAAAUCUGAGAUGCAUUCAAAAGAAUGAGAAACAAAAACUUUGCAAAGCAGAACAAAGAAAGUAGAUGAG